AUGUGCCCGCCGCGCAGCCUCCUCCUUGUGGCCACCCUGGUCCUCCUCCACCACCUGGACCACCUUAGUUUGGCCAGGAACCUCCCCACCACCACAGCGGGCCCAGGAACGUUCCAGUGCCUCAACCACUCCCAAAACCUGCUGAGGGCUGUCAGCAACACGCUUCAGAAGGCCAGACAAACCCUAGAAUUUUACUCCUGCACUUCUGAAGAGAUCGAUCAUGAAGAUAUCACCAAAGAUAAAACCAGCACAGUGGAGGCCUGCUUACCACUGGAAUUAGCCACGAAUGAGAGUUGCCUGGCAUCCAGAGAGACCUCUUUAAUUAACAAUGGAAGUUGCCUGGCUUCUAGAAAGACCUCUUUUAUGACAACCCUGUGCCUCAGCAGUAUCUACAAGGACUUGAAGAUGUACCACAUGGAGUUCCAGGCUAUGAAUGCCAAGCUCCUGUUGGAUCCUAAGAGGCAGAUCUUUUUGGAUGAGAACAUGCUGGCAUCUAUUGCUGAGCUGAUGCAGGCCCUGAAUUCCGACAGUGGGAUUGUGCCACAGAAACCCCCCCUGGAAGAACUGGAUUUUUAUAAGACUAAAAUCAAGCUCUGCAUCCUUCUUCAUGCCUUCAGAAUUCGUGCGGUGACCAUCGACAGGAUGAUGAGCUAUCUUUCUUCCUAAAAAGCUUAGGUGUCUCCUGUCCUUAAAGUCAUUUUUAUAAAAAUUGGAACCAAAGAAAUUGUAAUAGGUUAAGAACUGGAGUGCGGGUGGCUUGACCUCUUCCUACUUCAGCUGGUACAGGAAUUCUCACACUUGUUUACAUUAGACAUCACCCCAGAUUUGCAGGAUGUGACUGUUCUAUCCACUUGAUUCCUUUGAUCAAGUCUAUUUCACAUUUACUAUGGAUAAGUUAUUUUUAAGUUUUCAUGAGCAAAUUGAUAAGGAGGGAAAACGUCCUCACAGAACAUGUUAUUCUUUUUUUCCCUUUAAUAGAACAAGAAUUUAUAAGCUA